CCUAGUGCCCAUGCCAUACGAUCCGGAGUCGACUCAAGUCGUCCCGACUGGCUUCAUAUUAACUUCCACAAGCCUACUGCGAUAUCUUCCUCAGCCAAAGAAGAAAAAAACAGAGACAACAAUGGAGGUUUUUCACCUGCCGACUACACCACCACUCCUCACUUCGAUCGCCGCCGCCUCGAUUCUCCUUUUUCUUCUCCUCUCCGACAAUUACUCCGACCGAUUCGCAACCAAAUCUCCGCCUCCACUAAAAUCCACGCACCUCCACCAAUUUCCUCCGAUUUCCGAUCGAUUCCGAGCCGUUCACUUGCCGGAAAUCUCCGAGGAGUUUCUCGCUCAUCGCCUUAAUCUAAGAAAAGCGAUGGAAACGAGAUUGACCAGAGACGAAAAGCUCGAACUAGGGCUCGCUCGGGCUAGGGCGGAAAUUCGCCGAGCGGCGAAGGUCUCAAACUUAUCGACCACCGUCGAUUACGUUCCUUCUUUCGCAGUUUAUCACAAUCCCCGCGCUUUUUUUCAGAGCUACGUGGAGAUGGAGAGAAGAUUCAAAGUGUACGUGUACCCGGAGGGGGAUUUGCCUUUAACCCACGACGGGCCGUGUAAGAACAUAUACACAGUGGAAGGGAGGUUCAUACAUGAGAUGGAGCAUGGGGCGAAUGGGUUCAGGACGGCGGAUCCGAGUGGGGCUCAUGUUUUUUUUAUGCCGUUCAGCGUGGCUUGGAUGGUUAAGUACUUGUAUGAAUAUGGAAGCUUUGAUCAAACGCCGCUGCGGGUGUUUGUGAGUGAUUACGUGCGGGUGGUGUCUGAAAAGUACCCAUUUUGGAAUAAAACAACUGGGGCUGACCACUUUAUUGUUUCAUGCCAUGAUUGGGGUCCAAUUGCAACAGAAGGAAACCCCUUCCUCUACAACACAUCCAUCCGCGUCCUCUGUAACGCCAACUCCUCCGAAGGAUUCAACCCACAAAAAGACGUCAGCUUACCGGAGAUCCACCUCUACGACGGCGACAUAUCCCCGAAGCUACUGUCGCCGCCAGACACCCAACGUCCCCACCUAGGAUUCUUCGCAGGCGGUAACCACGGUCCAAUAAGACCCAUAAUCCUAAAGCACUGGAAAGACCGCGACAGCGACAUCCGUGUGUACGAGUAUCUCCCAAAGGGGCUGGACUAUUACGAGCUAAUGCUGAAGUCAAGAUUUUGCCUGUGCCCAAGUGGGUACGAAGUGGCAAGUCCCAGAAUCGUGGAGGCAAUUUAUGCUGAAUGUGUGCCGGUGAUUAUUUCGGAGAAGUACGUUUUGCCGUUCAGCGACGUGUUGAGAUGGGAAGGGUUUUCGAUUAAGGUGGGCGUGUCGGAGAUUCCGAGGUUGAAGGAGAUUUUGAUGGGGGUGUCGGAGGCAGAGUACAAGAGGCUCAAAGAGGGUUUGAGGAUUGUUCGAAACCACUUUGUGUUAAACCGUCCGGCUAAGAGGUUCGAUGCUUUUCAUAUGAUUUUGCAUUCGAUUUGGCUUAGGAGAUUAAAUGUAAGACUUGCGUAGCUAUAAACUACACUUCAUUGUACUUUAGGAGAUUGGGAUGGAUGCCUUGAAAGUGUUCAUUUGCACUUAGAAACAUUGAUAUAUAUAUCUAUACUGACAGAUGUUGAUAGAUAAUGCUAGAAAUACUAAGAUUGAGAUACCCCCAAUGAUU